AGCCAUAAAAGAUAUAGUGGUGUCUGACCAGACAAGCGCCUGAAUGAGUGCAGACGAAAAUUUAUUUGCAAAUUUAUUAUAAAAGCAAGAUAUCAAAAGAAUUUCAAGACUUGUAUGCAGUUACAAAAGAAAAUCACUUGUAGUCUUUUGUUUUCAUAAGUCAACCAUUCACUACAGACACAGUGAAAAAUGGCAUACACUAGCGCAUCAGAGCUUGAGAAACUUCUGUCUAAUUGUGAGUUUGAGAAUCAUCAGUAUGUUAAAAUAAUUGAACAUGAGGACCAGUUGAUUGAAGGUCUUGAGAAAGAAAUAGAGUAUAAAGAAGGAGAGACUAGAAGGCUACAGGAGGCAGUGUCACAAUUAGAUAUAGAUACCAAACAGUGCCAUAAACAGUAUACUCUCAACAGGGAUAAUCUAGACAGUUUAAAGAAGACCAACCAUGUACUAACUGAGCAUGUGGCAGCAAUGAGCAGCAAAAUGGAAGUCCUGCAGCUUAAAACAGAGGCUGAGAGGCAGGAAAACAACUGCCAUUUGCAGAGGUAUAAAGAUAUCUGGAAAACCUACCAUGAGAAGUAUGAGUCAUUGCCACUUGCUCAAGAACUUAAGAAACAAACAGUGAUUACAGAAGAAAUAUCAAAGAAGAAUGAAGAAAAAGAGAAUGUUCUCCAUAAUGCAAAACAGAAAAUAGAACAAUUACAGGGCAAAAGUGAGGUCUGCAGAAUGGGAAUGCACAGAUUUAUCAUUACAUUGGCAACAAUGAGAGUAGGAACACUAAAGGUAAAGCAGGAGAUAGAGAGGAGACAGGCAGAGCUGUACCAGCUUAGACAGACUGUACUAGAAAAUCAACAAACUGCAAGUGAUAAAACCAACGAAACUAAUUUGCAAAAGUUAACAGACAUGCAUCUGGUAGACCAGGAUCGCAGCAAAGAAGUACCAGAGACACUGGACAGCUGUGAGCAACAAAAACUACUGGAGAUGCCAUCUCCAAUGAUCAGCAUGUUGGCAGGUAGAGACGACGAUGAUACAGAGGUCAUGCAGACUGAUGCUGUUUCCCCAGAUCAAGUAAGCCUACAGUUUGUCAAGGGACAGGUCAUGGUCCAACAUGCCGAAACUCAGAAAAAUCAGACAAGUGAAAGCACUGAGGCAGUAGUUGAACAGAAAACACCAAUUGAGACCAAUGCUUAUGGGAUAGGACAUUCCGAGACAGAAAGUAGUAAUGUUGAGAAUAAACCACCCACAGAUGUCCCACAUCCUCCUAACAGUAUCCUUGGAGAGAGAGCACAGCACACUCGGACAAUAGCACAAGGUGUACAACUACCCUUUGUGGCUUACAAGGCAAGAGGACCAGAAUCAGUACAUAUCCAUCUAGAUAGAUCUGCCAGUUUAUUGCAGCAACAACAGCAGCAGCAACAACAACAAAAACAUCAUCAGCAACAGCAGCAAUAUCAACAACAACAGUCAAUUGUACACAACCAAACUACUCAAAAACAAAAUCAGACAACCAGCCAAAGACUAACCAACAUGUUGGCAGAUGAAAGGACUAACUCUAGACCACAGUUUGCUGGAUAUAGACCACAUAUGCCUCAUCUUCAAGUCAGGUCUGUCACUCCUAUGAGACCAGCAAACCUUGACCCAAGACCUGCCAUUACACAGGCCAGACCCACCACAACAAACCUUCGGUUAAACAGACCAAGUGCUGGCAUUGUUCAAGGAUCUCGUUUAGUAAGACCUCAACAGCCACAAACAUCUAGACAUUUCCAAACCGUGCAGAGUCCAGUUGUUCAGCCAUUAAAACAUACGAUUGGAUCUAGUAGACUGCCAGUGUUACAGUCACCAAGAGCUCCCAUUGCACAGUUUCAGAAACUGCCACAAGAACCGUUGCCAAGCAGAAUGUCUGGCGUAUAUGGGAACAACCAGACUCCAAAACUUACUGACUCUACGAGGGUAGCCAGUUCUCCUCUACAGUUAUCAACUCCACCAGUAAGAUACAAGUCUCCACAUGUAUCUCAGCCAUCUCCACUUCAGUUACCCUCACAGUACCAGCAUGUACUUCAGCAAAAGAUCAGACCUGAAAAUUGUUCCCCAUCUUACAGCUCUACUGGUACAGGACUGCAGUUCAAGUCACCACAGAAGAGUCCGGUUGAACAGAGACAUGUGUCCCCCAAGGGAGAGGGAGAGAGACAGGUCCAGACGAAACCUAGUCCUCUAGUUAAACAUGUGGAAAGAAGUGCACCCACUAGCACUAGUUCUCAUACACCUGAGCAGACUCAGGAGGUAGCAGUUUCCAAGCCAGUAACACCUGUAUCCAGCAUUCCUCAAAUUGGUGUCAAGAUACCACAACCAGAUGGAACAAGCACUUAUUACAUGAAGGUAAAAGAUGCACCAGAAACACCAAAAUGUAACCAGACAGUUCUGAGUCCGGAGAAAAGUCCCAGCAAGCCUUCAACACCAGAGAUUAAAAAGAAUGAGCCUAUCAAAGAAGACACGUUCAGUCCCUUUGAUGCUGAGAAACAUCGUAAAAAACUUGCUGAUAUGAAGAAAUCGCCUGCACACCCAAAUUUCUACCCUGUAAAACGAGCAUUUGCAGAGAUGGAAGGAAAUUGUCAGGAAACCGGCAAUGAAAAUAUGCAGCUACCAGUAUUUGGACAGACCAAAGCUAAUAGCACCUUACCAUUUGAUGGAAGUGGGGAUCAUACACACAUAGCACAGAUGAAAGGGCGGCCAGAUUGUGAUGAAAAUACUAAACCAGUUAGCAGAGAAGAGGUCCAGUCUGCAUUUCAGUUUUUCGGUGCAUUUGGAAAAAGCAGUGAAGCAAGUGGGUCUAAAAGUGGAAGCACAAUGUUCAGUUUUGGAGGUGGAGACUCGUCCAACAGACAACAGACAGGCAGCCCAAAUUUCUCCCUGUUUGGUUCCAGUAACAGUGAUGACAAUGUUUCUAGUGGAUUCAACUUCGGCUUUGGAGACAGCAGCAGUAGCAAGCAGGGGGAACCAUCUUGUACACCUGGAGGAGGAAACUUUCUCUCACUGUUUGGUGAUAGUGGUAAUGAGGACCAGAACAGUAACAACAAUGGUUUCAGUUUUAACUUUGGCAAUAAUCAACCAGACUCACCAGCCUUUUCCUUUUUCUGAAAUAUCAAAAAUUCUUCUCUUUGUUUUUCAUCCUGAAAUACUAGGCAAAGUCACAACGUUUUUUCUAGCAUACUGGGCAAAUUUACAAUUGCUUUCAUAUUAAAGAGACAGUUGUAUACUAGUGCAGGCUUUCUGACAAAACUGGUUUGUUACCUAAGAGAUGAAUUGCGUCAUUAUUUCUGUGACAGACAAAACCUUACAACAUGUUAUAAAGUAGACAUUGUUCUUUUAACAGAUUCAGGCAGGAUGUGUUAACAUCAACCGGCAUAUCUUGUUUUAAUAGGGAAAUUAGAAGCUUUUACAUGUGUACAUUUCAUGUCUUGUAUGGCAUCAUCAACCUCUUUAUAGAAUACAUGUAUGUUUUAUUUUAUUUAUUUUUUUCAUUUUUUUAAGACAAGUACUCAACAAACUGCAUUUGAAUCAUUGCAAGUUUUAUCAAGUUGUGUGCUGUAUGGAAAACCCUGAAUCAGUAUAAAUUGUUUUGAUUUCAUUGUUGAAAGGAAAGGAGGACAAUAGUUGCAAUGAAAUUAAACAAGAAAGACAAGUUACUUGCAAGAUAUGUUGCAAAUAAUUUGGAACUUGACAGAUAACUGUCCUAAGUUUCAAUAGAAAUAACAGGAUUUCCUCGUCAUAUAUGUUAUCACAUCAUUGUUAUUGUUAGUUAAAUUCGAUUAUUUAUUGUUGGAAGUGUUAUAUUUAAAUGUUUACUAUUGCUGGUUAUGAAUAAAAUAGUAUGGGCAUAA